GAAUAUAAUUAUGAAUACAAUUAUUAGCGUUUUUCCUUGAAUUUGAGUUUGUUACAAACUAAGUAUUGAUGAAACAAAAUAAAUAAAUAAAUCACAAAAGGAAGUCAAUUUCGCAGUCAUCUGUCUCAUGAAACUCUCUCUCACGACAGUAUAAAAACACGAACUGUCUUCACACUUCUUCCUUCGCUAUUUAACUCUCUCUCUCUCUCUCUCUCUCUCUCUCUCUCUCUCUCUCUCUCUCUCUCUCUCUCUCUCUCUCUCGGAAGCUCUCAGUUGCGGCCAGAAUCAUGAACUCCGACGAGCAUAACCCGAUGGAACAAUGGCCCGGGGAAGACAUCUCUGAUUCUCAGACCUACGACGCGAACGUCAGACUCACGCUACUCGCCAUUGUAACCCUCUCCACCUUAGGCAUAAUAAUGGCCUUCUCCUAUCUCUACGAUCGCUACUCCAGGAGUCGUCACCACGCUCGCCAUAACCACCAACGCCGCCGCACAAUGUUUCUCUUUGCCGCCGAUCCUUCUCCUCCCGCUUCCGUAACCCCUUCAACCGGCCUCGAUCCCGCCGUCUUGAAAUCUCUCCCCGUUUUCGCUUUCUCCGCCGCGAAGGAUCCGAUCGAUUGCGCCGUUUGUCUCUCCGAGUUCGAGGAGGGCGAGACGGGUCGGGUUUUGCCCGGUUGUAAACACGCGUUUCACGUUGAGUGUAUUGAUAUGUGGUUUCAUUCUCACUCGACUUGUCCUCUCUGCCGCUCCCUCGUUGAGCUUCCUCCCGCGGCGACGAUGACGACGGUGGAGGAGAAGGGAGUCACGGUCAUCAUGAUUUCUCGUGAACCGGUAUCGGGUCGGAUAUAAAGCGGGGAGGAGAAGAACUUAAGUGAUUUCCGCCACGUGGAUGUUUUUAGUGGUGUUGAUCAUUGAUAUAUUAACAUAAAGGAUAACCAUGAUUUGUAGUUUCUUUGUUUUUUGGACAACAAGAGAUGCACUGAUGUAUAGCAUUUUUAUUGCUAAGAAAUCAAAUUAAAUAUAUUAACAAUUCAGUUGCAACUCACUGAU